CAAGGGACUCAAGAGACUAAGUCAGGUUUCGGCUAGAGUAAGGGCGAAGCUCUAUUUCUCUAUGCUCAAGAGUCAAGGUUCAUGUCCUCGUCUGGCAAUGGAACGUCCACAAAGUACUUACUCAACCGACCGUGGUCGGUUCUGAGGAAGGUGGUUUAGUGCCAAUUAAUUUAGUGCUUCAGGCUUGGAUUGAGCUAGACAUCGAAGCCUUUCGAAGCCAACCUUGUUUUUCAACGACUUCGACGAAAAUUUUAGAUUCGAUCCUUGUUCACAACCUUCACGAACACUCUCCUCGAUGGCUGCUCUCUGUCUGCACAAUGCACUCUUCACAUCUGAAUCAGACAAACGACUCGCCACGCCCAUAACGCGUAUCCUUUCGCUCACGACAAUCCAAGAGCAUAACCCAACCUCCUUGACCUUCAACUCCCCCGCAUAUCUCGACCUACUUUCUCGACAACCAUUGCAUCCCGAUGGUCCACGACAUUGGGAUCUCGGUCUCGACCUCAUUGGAGACCCAAUAACUGCAGCAGAAUGUAAAAGCCUUGAAGAUCGCAUCACGAAAGCAAAACUCCGUCGCCUGCAAAGGAUUUGCGUGGCUUUCGAAGUUGUUCUUGGUAUAUGGUCGAUAUAUUGCACGAUCCGCUACUCCCUCGCAUUUCAAACGACUUCCAUCUCCUCUGUGCGCACGCUCGCACUCGUAUUGUGUAUUACUUCUGCGGUCACUGUCGCUGGAGUAGUUGUGACGCUGUUUAUGCCUCUCCUUCCUGAACAUGUCUUCGUUCGUGCUUCGUCACAUACGAGGAUGACCUUACGAGGAUGCUGUAUAGUGUUGAUUGUUGCGACUGCGAUUACGAAUCUUGUGUUUGUUCUCAUAUGGCGUCCUGUCGACAGAUGCGGUUGGGACAUGGAUGUCGCUUGGUCAACUUUUUCUACCAUGAAUUCAACGUCACCGCACUGCCGAACCGCAACCCUUGCGGCUUGGACGAUCGCUGCGUCCUUGCGGGUUAUUGCAACCUUGAUCAUGAUCCUGUUGUACCUCUAUUUCCUCAAAGCAUAUCUCGUCACAAGGCAUCCAUCAAAAUAUACCAGAGAGAUGUACUACCCUCCAUUGAUGGCCUCGGAUGAUACUGUAGACUCCCCUGUAUCCACCCUCGACCCAUCAGCAUCAAGGACGCGCGUCAACCACCUAAUACGGUCCACAACUGCACUCGGUCUGUCUAGCUCCACAUUAGCACUCACUAAUUCAAGCACCACCCUCGCACCCACCCUUUCCCCCUCCAGUCAAUCCCACUCCCAUCCAAGUAUGCUAGCCACACAGGCAUACAACCCCGCGUCUUCGAGCCCCCAACGUUCCCGUCGGAUAUGGCCAAAUUGGACAAGUUUGCGACUCUCAGGAGAUGCAGGUCAUCAAAGGCAAAAUGGUCGUUCCGACACACCCCACACGCUCCGCCGGAAAAGCCGUAUCUCGAGUGAACAUAUCUCGCGCAAUGCGGACAUACCCGAUGCCUGGGAGGAGUGCACGGAAGUGUAUGCCGUCGCCCCUGGUGCCGCAUCGCGCGUCCCAGGCGUUCCAAGCCCUUUGUGCGCCACUGAUAAGUGUUCGAUAGGGGGCCGCAGGUCUUCGUCUAUGGGUACCCUGAUGACUGAGUCCGACGACUGUGGCUCUGUCUAUUCUUACGGAUACGGGGCCACAGAACCAGCUUACCCCUAUCUGGAAGUCUACAAUCCUUCGAUCGAGCGAAAUUACAACCUCGCGCCGCCGGCUAAUGUCACCCAACAGCCUCGGCUGUCCGCGGCAGUGAUACCAGCCACCUUCGAGCCUGCGUCACUGCUGACGGCGACCAAAGAUUAUGGCGUAGAAGACGAACUGAUACCCAUAAUGGGCGGUUUCGUACGGCGCAUGUCUACCAUCGAAUCAUUCGGCUCUCGAGAAGCAGCAACGUCGAUGACACGCUCGUACUUCUCGAGGUAUUCAGGGACUCUCGCAUCUCAUCAUUCAUCUCUUGGCUUAGCCAGCUGCGCGCCGUCCAUCGAAUCCACGUUGAGCAGGAACAACUCGCUUGGGACUGCCUACUUUUCCGUCUCGAGUGAAACGGGAGGCUCUAGUGUCAAAUUUGUGAAUGAACGGGGCGAGUUGGAGGCUAAAACGACGAGUCCACCUUCGUACAGUCGAUAUUACUAUACUCGAGACGAUCAUUACCGUUAGAGGACUAUCUUCCACGAUCUACCAUUGUAUGACAUCUACGAACA